CCACUUGUUUACUCCCUCACUAACCACCAUGGCGGUCGAAGAAUAUGUCCAAGAACUUAUUAAGCAGUACGAUGUCGUUGUUUUCUCAAAGUCAUAUUGCCCCUAUUGCAAACAAGCCAUAGCUUUGCUGACGGAGCUCGGUCAUCCACCUUUUAUUUUGCAAAUGGACCAGACUCCCAACGGGGAUGAAAUCCAGGAUUACCUCGAGCGGUUUUCCGGUCAGCGUACGGUGCCCAACAUUUUCAUUAAGCAGAAACAUAUUGGUGGAUGUGACUCUCUGAUGCAACUCCAUGAAUCAGGUCAAUUGGAAGAAAUUCUUUAAAUAAAAUUAUGACGCUGGGAAAUUGAAAACACAGUUGUUGUUUGAUGGACGAGAUGGAAAACUAUUGUAUCUUCAUAGCGGUCACCGUACUUGUUUUGCAAACGAACUGAAAACACCACAUGGUUAAGGAUAACAAAGCGAAAGUUCAUAAGAGAAGCGUGGGAGCGAUUUAAAUAAUUGAGAUGCUAUAUCGGGAACAAG